GAUCAGCUAGUGACAUUUUUGUGUUCGUCUGCAACGUUGGCUAUAAUGAAUCGGGACUAAAUCUAGCAAAAAAUUGUUUGUAGCGUUUUGUUUUUUGUAUGCAAACGAACUUUUCUAAAUGAAAGAGGUUUUAGCAAGUACAAAAUGAAUCUGUAUCGUACAAAAAACCAAAACAAAAUAUGGCUCUAUCUACCUGGCGUUGACGGCUCUGUCAGAAUUAUGUGUCCUGUGCCGAUGUGGGGAAUUUUGAGAUAUUACUAGAUAAUCCAGCUGUCAUACUACCGUGACGGAUACUCGUGAAAUAAGGUGUACAGGCCAGCCAUAAACAUACGGCUGUCAAAAUUUCCAAAACAAAUGAGAAAUGACAUAACCUAAAAACCGUGUUUUUACUUUGCAAAGAAGGACUUUUUUACAUUUUUUGAUGUGAAAAGAAAGAGAAAAAUUAGGAAUAAUUUUGUGCAAAUGUAUUAAUUUUAGUGUAGAAGAUGGCUACAUUUUUUGUGCAGCAAGAGGGCCCCGUAAACGCUUUGGCGUUGAAUAGGGACAAUACACAAGUUGCUAUCGGUGGUAGAAACGUUUUUAAGGUAUAUGCUAUUGAAGAUGACAGAUUCAGGGAAGUCUGCAAUGUAAGAGGUUCAAAACAUCUGAAUUCAAAUUUCUCCUGCAAUGAUGUUUCUUGGAACCCAGUUGAUGAUCAUUAUUUAGCAACAGCCACUACUAAUGGCCAUGUUUGUGUAUGGAAUCUCUCAAAAAUGGGCAAAGCUAUGCAAGAACAAGAUUACCAAGACCAUGGACGAACAGUUAACAAAGUCAACUUUCAUGCUGCUGAGCCUAAUAGGCUCAUAUCAGGCUCACAGGAUGGCACUAUGAGGUAUUUUGACAUAAGGGUCAAAAGUGCAGUUGCUGUUUUCUACAGCAACACGGAGAGUGUGAGAGACGUCCAGUUUAGUCCUCAUAAUCCGUACACAUUCUCAGCAGUUUCUGACAAUGGCAGCGUUCAAUUGUGGGACAUCAGAAAGAGUGAGAAGUGCAUGUUGCAGUAUACAGCACAUAGUGGGCCUGUGUUUGCCUGUGAUUGGCAUCCAGAGUGUGCUUGGCUUGCAACAGCUAGCAGGGACAAGACUAUCAAAGUAUGGGACUUGACGAAUCGCCCAACAUUAGACUACACGAUCCACACCAUAGCAUCCAUUGGCCAUGUAAAAUGGCGGCCACAGAGAAAGUUUCACAUAACCAGCUGUGCAUUGGUAAUAGACUGCAGCAUCAACAUUUGGGACAUCCGAAGGCCUUAUAUACCGUUCGCGUCCUUCAAUGAACAUAAAGAUAUUGCUAGUAGAUUGGCAUUUAAGGGGGAUCCACAUGUUUUCCUUAGCAGUGGCAGGGAUUGUACUUUGUAUCAGCAUUCUUUUAAUGAUGCGUCAAGACCAGCAAGUAAGGCCAACCCUCAAGGGAUUACAAUGAACCAAAAAGGGGAAAUAGUCUUUGCCAGAAAAGUUCCUGUACUACCAAGUUCCAGUUCUAACAAUAACAGCAACACCUCUAGUUCCUUGGCGAAAGCUACUGUCGGUUUUAUGAGAAAAAUCUCGACUUCUCAAGCGAUCGAUCAGUUUCAUCUAGCCGCAAGCGCUCUAACUAGCUUUCGUUUAUCUUGUGACGUCACUGAUGACACUGAACAACAAUUCGCAGCAUUGGCCAAAAACUACAUGCUCCAUGGUAGGAGUGUUUCAGAACUUUGUGAAAGAAAUUCGGCGGUAGCAAGAGAAUUCGGUAAACCUCAUAUAUCUGUGAUAUGGAAGAUAGUGAAAACCAUGUAUGGAGAAGAAUUUAGGCAGAACAGUUCUGUGAAUUCUACUAAUAGAGAGGAAGUAUCCUUGCAAAGUCAGAAAAACAGUACUGCUGCUGGCAUUGAAAGUAAUCUCAAUAAUGUGAGAGACAUGGAGGCUGACCAAAAGUCUAAAGGUGGAGGUGAUCAGUCAGCUCAAUAUAGUGGUGGAGAUGAUGAGACUGAGAAUGAGGACCAAGUGGACCAUUCAAGCAUUUACACGAACGGUUUUCCUACCUACUUAAAUUUCAGGAAUGAUUUGCCUAAGGGAGAUUUCAGCUUUGGAGAAAAUGAAUUGGAUAUGGAAUUAGAAACCAUCAAUUCUAACUAUCCCUCAUCAUACCAUCGUGGUGGCUUCAAUUCCACCGAUUGUCCUGAUUGGAUAUUGCCAAGUGAGGCAUUCCCCAUUCGUACUGACAUCACCGAUCGUUCACCACAGCCUGAGCAGUUCACCAAUCACCACUCGCCGGAUAUUAGUGAAGAACCACACUCUUUCCAAGUGGAAGAGCAGGGUUCAGCUAAAUUGACCAUAGUAAAACCUCUGGAAAGACAGCCAUGGCAGCCAGGAAGGAUAUUAGUAGAAGCAUUGAAGCAUCAUGCUAUUUUGGGUGACAUUCAGACAGCGACAUGUAUCCUUAUAGUACUUGGUGACUGUAGGAAGUGUUUGCCAAACGAGUUGCUUGAUGAGAGCCUCCAAGAACAUUGGUUGCUUGGUUAUAUUGAGUUAUUAACUCGGCACCAACUAUGGACAUCGGCAACGCAAGUAAUCAACCUUUCUUGGCUAUCUUCAAUACAUCAGCUGAAUCAGCAAAGUACCAGAAUAUCCACAAAUUGUGCAGCCUGUCGACGUCCUUUGUUACGCGUGGGCUGGCUCUGCGACCGCUGCCACUGUGCCAAGUACUCCGCUUGUAGUGUCUGCGAACGUCCAGUCAGAGGGUUGUAUGCCUGGUGCCAAGGCUGUUCACACGGGGGCCACCCCAACCACGUGAAAAAGUGGAUCAAGGAAAGGGGGGUGUGUCCUACUGGAUGCGGCCACCAGUGCGAAUAUAGGUGAUAGUCAAGAUUCACUAAACCCUUCAGAGAAUGAACCGGGGCAAAAGGGAGUAUGCCGAAUUUUCGGAGUCUUGCACUUCGGAUCGAGAAGGUUGACGAAUAUAGUCUGAUGUAUCUAUCGACCUUUUUUGCUUGAGCGUGCCUAAAAGGUUAAAUAUGGUUGUUAAAGACAGUACGAGUGCAAGCGAAUUGUGAUAUUGAUUCGAGACGACUGCGCUGUGGAUGAUUGUUGCCAAUUUAUUAAUUUAUUUGUACAAUACUUAUAGUUUAAUUUUAUUGAAUAAAAUAUUAAAAUUUUCCUGGA